AUGCAGCGACGCGGGGGAGGUUCGCAAACAACCGCCCCUCUCCGUAAACGACAGAAAGGGCCUGAUCGAGAAGAAGCUGCACGUCUUCGAGCCAUCGCAAAGCUAGGUGAAGAUGUAGUAAAGAAGAUCAGAAGCGACUGGGACUCUUGGGACACGAGCUACGGGGGCAAGGAAUGGCAGCAGUCAGAGGGUGUAGUGCUUAAUCUACUGCAGCAGUUAUCCGAUCGUGAAAUCAGAUCCAUUCUUCCUAUCGGCGGUAGUCGAGGUACGCGUCUGCGCAAAAGUUUAAAGUCUGGCGUUGAGCACUUUCACACUCGCCGUCCUGCUCAGAAGCCUUGGCACGCUUUUGGAGACGUUGCAUCAGAAUCGUUUAAAGCUCAUUGCUCCACUUGGAUUUUGGAAGAUGGUUUUCCAUGUCCCCAUCGCCGCCCCCGACAAUAUUUUACGGAGGAAAAUUUAACUUGGCGAACGGUACACGCUCGCUACGAGGACGAUACCAAAGGAAAUGAUCCUGACGCGCGCACGAUGAGUUACGAGCGGUUCACUCAGUAUGUGCACUUCUACUAUCCCGGCGUGCGCUUGACCCGAACCAAAGUGGACGAGUGCGAUUGUUGCGUGCGUUUGGACAUUAUGUUGCAGCAGCCAGAUCUUACUGACGCCGAAAAGGACGCCAUCAUUUUGAGG